UCUGAGGGAGAGGGCGAGAAGGCAGGUGAUGAGGAGAGAGCGAAAAGCGGGGACUCGUUCUGUUUCAUUUUACACGUUUUGGGGGUGAAAACACACUUUCUAUAUUCAUUUAGUAACCCGAACGAGACCUCAGUUACGGUAUUUUAUACAGUCCUGUAACUGUACAGUUGCUGUUUUGAGGUGUUUUUGAGAGGACCGAUCUUCUUCACCCGCACCCGGUCUCCCGAACUUCUCUCUUGGAAAACUGUUGGAUUCUGAGGAAAACUUAACUUAAAUCCAGUACUUCGGAUUCCAGGUUUAGACGUGUGUUUUACGUGUGUUGAACACGGUGGGAACUGUGAAGGCUGGUGUCGCUCAGGAGAAUGGAGGAUGAGAUAACGGCCCCACUCGUGGAAAGGAGCUCGCGGCGUGGGGUUCUCAGCAGGUAGACACAGUCCAAGGACUUGGACCGGGACGGGACCGGGACUGGGGCUCGAGCUGCACGGCCCCCUGGAUUGCUCUCCAUUCUUACACUCCGAACACCGUCACCUGAGUCUCCUCUAACAGUUCCUUCUCUGUCGGCACCAACUCUGCGGCGGACCUUGCAGGGAUUUUUUUUUUUUUUUUUUUUUUUUGGAGGGGGGGCCUAAGGAGGAAAAAGGUAACUGAUCGUCUUACGUUUUAUUUCUGAAACAAAUGCAGCAGGCAGCUGUUUGAUUUGAAUAAAGUUUGCUGUUGUGGACACCUCUGAUUUCACUAACGCCCACGGUUUUUGUUGGCAACAUUGAUUUAACGGUUCAGAUUUCGGACUUUGCCUGGAAAUUUGAGGGCACCUAAACUGGGAAGAAGGCUGAUUUCCACGCCGCGCGCCUUGGAUUUGCAACAUUUUGGACAACAGAAAGCUACAGGAGGUGCGAACUGUGUGCGCCAGUCCGGGUCCCUGCUUUGGCAAAGGCUUUGCUAGUUCGACGUUGAUCCUCCUUAAAAUCGGGGAUUGCAAGACCUGUCAGAGACGUCUUUCAGAAUGCUGCCACCACACAGGCUGGGCUUUUCAACAUUCACCAUCAUUAUGGAUUCUAGACAUUUUGUGUUCACUGUUGCCUUCCUGGCAUUCUUCAUGCAAGCUGUUGUGGAGGCUAGUUCUUGGUGGUCCCUGGCCAUGAAUCCUCUUCUGAUUCCAGAGGCUUACAUCAUAGGCGCGCAGCCGCUGUGCAGCCAGCUGGCCGGCCUCUCACAGGGGCAGAAGAAGCUCUGCCAGCUAUACCAGGACCACAUGCAAUACAUUGGAGAAGGGGCCAAGACGGGCAUCAAGGAGUGCCAGUACCAGUUCCGGAAUCGGCGCUGGAACUGCAGCACUGUGGACAAUUCGUCAGUCUUCGGCCGGGUCAUGCAGAUAGGAAGCCGUGAGACAGCCUUCACGUAUGCCAUCAGUGCAGCGGGUGUGGUCAACGCAGUCAGCCGCGCUUGCCGGGAGGGGGAGCUGUCGUCGUGUGGUUGCAGCAGGGCGGCCCGGCCUAAAGAUUUGCCCCGGGACUGGCUGUGGGGUGGCUGUGGAGACAACCUCAACUAUGGCUACAGGUUCUCAAAAGAGUUUGUGGAUGCCCGUGAGCGUGAGAAGACCUAUCAGAAGGGAUCCCACGAGAGUGCUCGUCUCUUGAUGAACUUGCACAACAAUGAAGCAGGGAGAAGGGCUGUAUCGGACUUGGCCCAUGUCUCUUGCAAAUGCCACGGAGUCUCAGGCUCCUGCAGCCUGAAGACCUGCUGGCUGCAAUUGGCUGACUUCCGCAAAGUGGGCGAUGCACUCAAAGAAAAGUAUGACAGCGCCACCAUCAUGAAGCUCAACCCCCGAGGCAAGCUGGUCCAGGUCAACAACAAGUUCAACGCACCCACAAGCAAUGACCUCAUCUAUAUUGACCAGAGCCCGGAUUACUGCGUGAGCAAUGAGAGCACGGGCUCGCUAGGGACCACAGGCCGCCUCUGCAACAAGACCUCGGAGGGCAUGGACGGCUGUGAGCUCAUGUGCUGUGGCCGCGGCUAUGACCAGUACAAGGCUCAGGUGGUUGAGAGGUGCCACUGCAAGUUCCACUGGUGCUGCUACGUCAAAUGCAAGAGGUGCACGAAAAUAGUGGACCAGUUUGUCUGCAAAUAAGUUUUAAGAGGAAAGAAACUAUAUAAAUUAUAUUUAUAGAGUUAAACAAUUAUAACAUUGCAGAAGACUGACAUUUUUCUAGUAGUUGAUACCAAAAUCUAUUGUCUGCAGAAACUCAUUGAAAUAUUUAUUUACAGAGAUUCCCCCUGUCCCUCUUUUUUGGAAAGACCGUGGCUUCCCCAUAAUGUUGGUGUCCGUGUGUAUAAAUCAAGUGGUAAAAACGUAUAACAGCCUUGUGCGUAGGCCUUAGAGUUCCACUAAACAAAUGAAAGUCCAUGUUGGGCUCACUUCUAAUUUCUCAAUUUGUCACAGGUACAGAUGGGGGAGGGGCAGGAUGGAAUUGCCUUUAAGGACCAGGUUUGCCGACAUUGGUAAAGAAAGCAGAAAUGACAAGGUGCACCUAGGUGAGGUAUAUGAACCACUGUUGGCAGAGUAGCAUUGCAUCUCAGUAAGGUGGAACUACAUUUAAGGUCAUGUUGAAGGUUGUGUGAACUCCUGACUGGUGCUCUGUGUGGAGUUAGAGGAAAAAAUCUUUAUGGAGGCUCCAGUGUAUGAUGGAUGGUGCUAAACUUAAUGACUUGCCAUCACCUCUCGACCUACUUCUUUAGGUUUGAGAGCCACACAGGCAUUUGCACUUUUAGAGAUGGCUGCAAGUUCAAAUACUUAACAAAACAAAAAUUUCCCCUUUUUUCCUAGAUUUUCCAUAUCAACACAGCUAAGCAUUUAAGAUCAUAUUUUUGGAUGAAUAUUCUUUGCUCUGUAUGUACAACAAUGAUUAAAUCAUAUUUUCAGCUUUUUUGUAAAUUUUAGGGACCUCCCCCCAAGCUCUUAAUGUAGUUGUUUAAAAUAAGCAGUAUUUUAAUGAAAGGCAUUUUGCAGGUGUUGCUGAAUUCUUGUUUCACUUAAAUUACAAUGGUGUCACAUCGACACAUUCUUUAAUCAGUAUGAGAAACCUGGAGAAAUGCAUUGUACUUGAUGUUGGAUUUCUGCUCCGGCUGUUGGUUUUUAAAGGGAAUGCACUUUACUCCUCUCAUGCUGCCUACAUACUCCUUCACUUUGAACACUGCUGCUGGAUGGAUUCUUUACAAGAGCCAAAGAGAUGCACAUGUUGGGGUUAUUGAUAUUUUGCAUGAUUCCAGGAUGGUCCAUGAUCCCAAACUUAUAUACUGUAAUUCUUCUACACAUUAUUGAUCAAUCCAUAUAUUUAUUAGCUGGUUUGGUUAUUGAAGCUUGCAGAAAUACUUCUCUUCUGAGUGAAGCUUUUUUUAAAUUAAAAUUUAAACAAACCCUGCAUAUCAGUGUUUUGUGCUGUGCUUUGGAAGUAAUUGACUUAAGUUCAGAGUUAAGUUCAACAUGACUUAUUUAGGCAUUUAACUCUUCCCCUGUUGGGCUAUUAAACUUUUUU